AUGGCUUACUUGUUUGGUACAGGCCGGGCGCAUACAAUUUGCCUCUUCAUAUCCAUCGCCACCGGAAAUCUGAGGCACUUCACAACUGCAUUUGUCCGAAAGAGCGUGACGACAUCAUCACAACGCCCUUCCCUUUUGAGAGGGAGCAAUAACUUAUGGUCGAUCGAAGAAUGCUUGGAACAGAUCGAUGAUAUUCAGUUUAUUGAUGCUACCUGGUAUCACAAAGGAGACCGAAAUGGACGCCAAGAGUUCUUGGACGGACCAAGAAUUCCUGGCUCACACUAUUUUGACAUGAGCGACAUCGCGGCUUCGAAGGAAGUCUUUCCAGAAUUGAAUCCGAAAGGAUUGAGAACCAUGUUCCCCCCAAUGUCCUUGUUCGCAGCUACGAUGGACUCCAUGGGAAUUGAUCCGAAUAAAAAAGUCAUCGUGUAUGCACGUCGCGGAUGCUGGUUCACGCCUCGUGUAUGGUACACGUUCAAGACAUAUGGACAACGGGACAAUGUAGGAUUGAUGCAAGGCAGCAUAGAAGAUUGGAUUGACCAAAAUGGGCCUGUUGAUACCCAGAAACUAGAAGGAUAUGAUCUCUGGGCACAGGAUAUAAUGGACAAAAUCAGCGGCGGACCAUUCACCAACAAUCCUAGGUAUCCAAUAACCAAAACAGCGCAAAGGCAGUUGCUUACAAUGGAACAAGUAUUGCAAGAAUUAGAUUCGGCAAGAAAAGCUGAGAAACCGAGCCGAGUCGUUGUAGAUACAAGAGGGUCUAGCUUCCAAAAGAAGGGACAUAUCCCUGGAGCCAUCCAUAUUCCGUACAGCUCGUUGGUGAAGCCAGGCAAUAGCUUACAGCUCAAAGAGCAGAAAGACUUGCUAGAUAUCCUAGAAACGAAUGAUAUUCCUAAGGAUGAACCGAUUUUGCUAACAUGCGGAAGCGGGGUUUCAGUGUGUCACAUGGCUCUAGUUUUGGAGGAAUGUGGCUACCCAACCCCCUUCAUAUAUGAUGGGAGCUGGAACGAAUGGGGUUCAGAUCCAAGUACUCCUAAAGAAUUUCCAAACCAACAUUCAUGA